AUGUCUAAGAAACCUCAGAAGGUUGUGCAGAAAAAGCAACCUGAAGUAGAACAUCAAAAACCUCCAACACCUCCACAUGAACCUACACCUCCACAAUCUCCCAUUCACCAAUCUCCACCUAGACAGCCUACACCACCACAACAAUCAUCUCCACCAAGAUUUCCUACACCCCCAAAUCAACAAUUACCUAUUCCACAAUCAACACCACCACCACAACAACCAUAUUACACUUCACAAGAUAUAUUCGGCACACCUCCACUCACCCAAGUACAACCUGGUUCUUCGAGUAAAGGUCUUCUGUCACCACAAGAUAAUCUACUAGACGUUGACUUCGACUUUGCAAAUAAUUCGCAAGUGUUGAAAUUGGAGAAGAAAAAAGAGAAUGUGAUUGUAGAAAACAAGAGGUUGGCAGCUGAAAACAAAAAGGCAGCUAAUAGAGAAAAACUGCUUGUAAAUCGUGUUCAGGAAUUAGAAAAGAAAGCUGAAGAUGAUCAAUCUGAAAUUGAUAUUCUGAAGGUUCGUGUAUCUGAACUUGAAGAAGAAAAGAACAGACGUGAUGCACAGAAUGAAUACUUUGAGUUGAAACAUAAAGAGCUGAAUGAAGCGAAAAGUGCUAAAGAUCAUGAGUUGUAUAUGUUACACAAAGUGGUUGAAAGUAUGUUGGGAUCGUCUGUAGAAGAUAAGUUUGAAGAGCUACAGGUUGCAGAAGUUCGUGCUGAACGUCAAGCAGAGAUUGAACGACAGAUGAAGGAUAAGGGUAAAGGAGUUGAAGGAAGUUCAGCUAUGCCUGAAAUGUCUCUUGUACCUUCGAUGGUGAUCGAUAAUCCUGAGCCUAUCUCUGCAGUUCCUGGCCUAUUCGAAGAAGAAACUCCAACGCCUAAAUUAAUUGGUGGCGAAGAUGAAGAGGAUGAUGAAGAUGAUGAUGAGGAUGACUUUGUAUUCUCUGCAAGCAGACAUAGUUCAAAAGGUAAUGAUGAUGAUGACGCUGCAGGAGGUUCAGGUGUUAGAGUGACUGAAGCCUCAAAUGAAAAAGUCGUUGAAGAUCUGUUGAACGACACAAUCAAUGAAGAAAGUGGUGAAGCUGAAGGUAAGGGGGAGUCAAGUAAGACACAGAUUGUAGAGCAUCAUGAGCCUUUGUUUGUGAAUCUAGAUGCGUAUAAGGAAAUGUUGAAAGGUGUAAACCCUGAAAUUUCCUUCGACUUCGAAGAGGACUUAGAAUCGUCUGAUAUCAAUAAACAGCAAGAUUAUAAGUAUGAUUAUGUUGAAGAUGCUGAUAUCUACGAUAGAGUUGAGGUUGAAGAAUGUUCGGAUAAUGAAGAGGUUCCUGAAGAUACUUCGAAACUUCCAACGUUAAUGGAGUUCUUUGCUGCUAAGAAUAGAGAUGAAUUACGUCAAAAAGUGACUGAAGCGGUGAAUGAUAAUGUAUUUGAAUGUUUGAGGAAAGAAGCUGAGCAGGAAGGCCAAUCUAAUGUUGAUAAAGAAGGUCAAUCGAAUGUUGAAGAAAUUGAUCGUUCUAAAUGGUUUAAAGAUUCUCAUGAAAGAAAAUUCAAGAGGCCGCUGAAGUUCUUCCAACGAGAUCGAAAUGUUUCGCUUGGCGAUAUUAUUAGUUGGGGUUUUCUUCCGCAAGUUAAUGCUUAUGCUAUUCGAAGAGAAUAUGGCGUCCAGUAUUUUGAACGUUUAUAUGACAUAAUGUCAUUACCGUGGUGGGACGUUGAUGAAUUGGCAAAGGUGAGAGUCUUGGAUUACAAGGUGAGAAAGAAUGAUACCGCGAUGUGGGGCUACAUCAAAUAUGAACAAUUGAAGUCAUUUUGA